AUGGCCCCCGCUACCAAGGCUACCCCCGAGGCCAAGGCCAAGGCCGCUAAGAAGGCCGCCCUCAAGGGCACCCAGUCCCACGCGGCCAAGAAGAUUCGCACGUCGGCGUCGUUCCACCGCCCGAACACCCUUCGUCUUGCGCGUGCCCCCAAGUACCCGCGCAAGUCGAUCCCCCACCUUCCCCGCAUGGACCAGUUCCGCACCAUCCAGCACCCCCUUUCGACCGAGUCGGCGAUGAAGAAGAUUGAGGACCACAACACCCUUGUCUUCAUCACCGACCUCCGCGCCAACAAGCGCAACAUCAAGGACGCGGUGAAGAAGCUGUACGACGUCGAGGCUGCGAAGAUCAACACCCUCAUCCGCCCUGACGGCAAGAAGAAGGCGUACGUCCGCCUGACUGCCGACUACGACGCUCUUGAGGUCGCCAACAAGAUUGGCCUCAUCUAG